CUCUCUCUCUCUCUCUCUCUCUCUCUCUCUCUCUCUCUCUCUCUCUCACAUUCUCUCUCUCCCCGCAGACAGUGAGCGCGACAUGGUAAGGACAGAGAAGUUCCUGGAGGUGAUCAACGCAGCCAACACUUCCCUGCCGGAGCUGCGGAAACUGUCUUGGUCUGGCAUUCCCUCACAAGUCCGUGCUGUGGCUUGGAGGUAAUUAAAUGUAUGUAUGUAUGUGUGUAUGUAUGUGUGUGUGUUAGGUAGUACUAGUGAAGUUAUGAAUGUUUUUGUUUGUCUGUUAAUUUUUAGUAAUAUAAAAUAAAAAAAAAAAAACACAUUAAUUUCUCUCUCUCUCUCUCUCAGGGCUACCUCCCAGCAAACUCAGAGAGACGAGAGGACACGCUGCGAAGGAAACGAGAGGAAUAAUGGAGUUUUGUGGACCAGUACUAUGGCACGAGGCACGAGGAUAUCCACCAAGAUACCUUUAGACAGAUUCACAUUGACAUCCCACGCAUGUCUCCCCUGAUUCCGUUGUUCCAACAAACAAUCGUACAAGAAAUGUUUGAGCGCAUUCUGUACAUCUGGGCCAUCCGUCACCCUGCCUCAGGUUACGUGCAGGGGAUCAACGACCUUGUCACACCCUUCUUCAUCGUCUUCCUUCAUGAGGUGGUUCCUAAAGAGGAGAGCCUGGACACAUACGAGGUGGAGAAGAUUGAAGCGGAGCAGCGGGCGGUGGUGGAGGCAGACAGCUUCUGGUGUAUGUCAAAGCUGCUGGAUGGAAUACAAGACAACUACACUUUUGCACAGCCAGGCAUUCAAAGCAAAGUGCAACAGCUCGGCGAACUUAUGAAGAGGAUAGAUGUCAAUCUCCACCAGCACUUGGCCAGACAUGAGAUAGACUACCUUCAAUUUUCCUUCCGAUGGUUCAACAACUUGCCAAUGAGGGAGAUGCCCCUAGGCUGCACCGUCAGGCUCUGGGACACACUGCACGCUGAACCUGACGGCUUCUCCCACUUCGUGCUCUAUGUGUGUGCUGCGUUCCUCACCUACUUCUCCCAGCACCUCAUGAACCAGAGGGAUUUCCAGGGCUUAAUGCUGCUGCUUCAGAAUCUGCCAACAUCCUCUUGGUCAGACACGGAGAUCAGUCUGCUGGUGGCCGAGGCAUUCAGGUUGAAGUACACAUUUGCUGAUGCGCCAAACCACCUCCAGACACCUCGGAAGUGAUGCCACACCCAGCACAACAGUGGAGCAACACCAGGAAACCAUAGAAACAAACAGAAUCCACCAAAUGUCACCAAAAUAGCCAAAACCUACUGAAAAUUAAUGGGGAACGCAAGGAAAUAUUUAAAACGCAGGAAAUUAAUGGGUUUUACCAGAAAAAUGCCCAGAACGUACCAGAUAUUAGUGAGAAACGAGAGAAUAUAAUUUUAAACAGCAGGUGUUACCAAGAAUAAUACCCAGAAUGCACCAGAAAAUAUAAGCAAAAAAUAGAAACAAGAAAACACCAGAGAAAUUAACAAGAAAAUGUUCAUAAAAAAAAAAAUACCUUAGAAAAUUUAAUUAAAAGCAUCAUACCAUAUCAAAAAAAACAAUAUUAAAAAAACACAAUAAUAAACACUAAAACACCCAGAAUACUGAAAAAAACAUCAAUAAACACCACAAAACACCAGGAAAUGCCAGGUACAAGGGUGCUGGAGUGAGUGGUAUUAGUGUUUUGUGAGAGAUGACGAGGUGAGGGGAGAAUUGUGAAAAAAGUGUGAGGUGGAGCCAGAUUGUGCCGUGUUACCCAGUACAGACACGAUUCACAGCUCCACACAACACUGGUAGCCUCACCCGCAACUGUGACUGUGUGUGUGUGCGUGUGUAUGUGUGC